AUGAGCUCGAACUCGCCGACCAAAACACGCUUCCUCAUCCUAUCCGACACCCACAACAUCAGUCUCCCACCAGAGUACAUCUCCAACCAUGACGCCGACGUAGUGAUCCACUGCGGCGACCUGACCCAAUCCUCUAUGCUCGACGAACUUCAAGCCUCGAUCAACUUUCUCCAACAAAUCGACGCACCGCUCAAACUUGUCAUCCCCGGCAACCACGACUUCACCCUGGACACGCCCUUCUUCCGUAGCAUGGUCGAGAAAGACACCGCCCACCUCAGGCCCGAGGCGAUUGCAAAAGCGUACGGCUCAUACGGCGAAGCCAAGCAGCUCUUCAUGUCGCCAGACGCGAAAGCCGGCGGCGUCCGGUUGCUCGACGAAGGGACGCAUCACUUCACGCUCCGCAACGGCGCAUCCCUCACUGUGUACGCGAGUCCCUACACUCCCUCUUUGUGGAAUUCGGGUUUUCAGUAUAAGCGAUCUGAGGGUCAUCACUUCGAAAUCCAGCAGAACGUCGACGUAGCCGUGACGCAUGGCCCUCCCCGGGGUGUCAUGGAUCUCACUGCCUCGGGCCAGCAGGCCGGGUGUCUGGAACUGCUUGCGGCUGUCGCUCACGCGCGGCCGCGCAUGCAUUGCUUCGGACAUAUUCAUGAGGGUUGGGGGGCGAAGCUGGUAACGUGGGAGGAGAAAGUCGGCGAGUGCUCGUCGCCUUCUGUUGGCAUCAAUGAAGACCGAUCUGUGGUGAUUGCGAGCUUGUCAACUUUGCCUUCGCAAGGUCAAGGCUUCUAUCGCACCAGUCAUUGUGAGCGUGACGAGUAUCCGCUGGUUGCCGGGUCGCAAACACUGUUCGUUAAUGCCGCGACUGUGGGCUUGGAUGAGGCUUCUGUGCAGCCACCUUGGCUGGUUGAGUUAGAACUUCCGCUGGCGAAAUCCUUGAUUUGA